AUGACAACGACGGCUUUGACCGCUUUGACCGCUUUGACCGCUUUGACGGCGCAGGAUGACCACGAACACGACCACGAACACGAUCAUCCCAACGAAGAGGACCAGUUCAAGGUGGUAGAUACAGCUUCGCAGGUCGAUCGGCAUGUGCAGCAGCUCAAGACACUCUCGAAGCAGCUGCUGCUCGAUGAGAACCCCCGCACUCCCGCUCGUGGUCGCCGCGAAUGCAUCGACCACAUCGCCACGAUCGUGAGUGAGCCAGUGACUUACUCGGACCGUUUUCUGCUGUUGACUGAGCCACUCUUUCCUCGCAGCUCGAAGAGUACCAACUCGAACCGUUCCUGCUCGAUGCCCAUCUCGUCGCCGUCCUAGCGCCUUACCUCGACCACCUGUGCGAGGUCGUGCUUUCCGGCUCGAGCAAGCGUGAUCUCACCUCAAUCGAAUCGACCUGCUAUGUGGUCUACCUCUUCGCCAAGCUCAGAGGACCAAAGGCCAUCAGUGGGUCAUUUCGUUGGCUUGAACAGGAGCGCCAGGCGACUCGUCGUUCCUCGUUUCUGUUUUCCCCCACAUCCCCCACCAUGGACCACUUGAUGCUGACCCAUACUUUUUGGCGUUCUCUCCACAACUACGCACCCAAACAACACCCUAGUCCCCUUGUUCCCACCAACACCUCAAGCCUUGUCCUCCCUCCUUAGUCUACUCGAUCCCCUGUCCAAAGAACUCGGAACAAAACCCAUCUCCACCGCCUCCCCAUCGAACGACCCCGCUAGCGAACCCGUCCCACUCGCCUGGACGACCUGCUACGUCCUCCUCCUAUGGCUGUCCGUAUCGACACGGCUUCCCUUCCCCCUUCCUACACGUACGAGUGACUCCAUCAAGGCGAUAGGGCUGCGCUACCUCCAAGCGGGCAAGGGCAAGGAGAAGGAAGGCGGUCGACUCGUGCUUCGGGCUUGGUAUACGAGGUCAGUGCCCAGUCCAAUCUGAGCCAGACGGGAUGGGAAACUCACACCCGAUUGAAAACAACAGAAAGGAUGCACCGAUAGAAGAACUUGUCACGCUGACGAGUGAAACACUCGAGAAACCAAGUACCGAACUGCUCUUGGUCAGUCCCCUUAGCAAUAACCCGGACUGAUCCUCUUCUGGAACGUCGACUCAUCACCUGUUGGCUGGACUUUACAGGCCUCCUCGAUCCUCUCUUCCCUCCUCGAGAUCCUCAAACAACCGACCAUGAACCAAACUUCAGUCCUACUCUCGCCGAACAACCGAUCACGCCUCUACGCCCUCGUCGAACUAUGUCGAGCGUUCGGUAACAAGAGGGACGAACUGAGAAAGGAGCGCGUCAAGUUGAUGGGGAGGCUCGUGGUGCUUGAAUUGAGCUCCUCUGCGCAGAACGGUGAGAAUUGCGAGGGGCAAGAUGACACUGAACAGAUUAUUGGAGAUUUGAUGCAGACACUGGAGAACAAGGUCAGUGUCGGGAUCGGAUCUACGCCUUGCCUGCGAGGGUCUGCGGCUGAUGUGCUGCCUCGAGCGCCGCGCAGCAAUCAAAUCUGCGCUACUCCGCCGCCAAAUACCUCGCACGCAUAUGCGGUUUCUUAUCCAGCCGAAUCUCUUCCGACAUACUCGACUCCAUUCUAGACCAGUUCGAGCAGUGCUUGCGCGACGACCAAGAUCCCGAUCAAGUUGAAGCUCGCUUGCAGGGAUCGCUCUUGACGUUUGCGGAGAUGGGGAGACGAGGCGUUUUUGGGAUGUUAUCGGAAGCCACGUCGGAAGUGGCGCUGGAGGUUCGGUUGAUGAUACAGAGGAUGCUGAGGGGUGUUAUACGGGUAUGUUUCGUAUUCUCAAGACCGGGGGAUGCGUUGCAGAGCACUGAUCGCACCGAGGUGGUCAUUGCGCUCUAGUGCCUCACCUUCGACCACCUAUCCUCGAAACGAUCCUUCGGCACCCAAGUAAGAGACUCAGCGUGCUACGUCGUCUGGUCACUUGCAAGGUCCUUGGACCCCCGAUUGAUCGAUAUCGAAUUGGCUCAGCAACUGGGUAAAGUGCUGGUAUGCGUGGCCUUGUUCGAUAAAGAGGUGGGGGUUAGGAGGGCGAGUAGUGCGGCGUUCCAAGAAGGGGUUGGGAGAUGGGUCAGUUCUUCGCUCCACCUUGCGGAUUAUUAAUCUGCUCAGAGCUGAUUUUCUCCCAUGACCACCACGCAGAGUAUCUUCGUCGAUGGCAUCGACAUCUUGAGAAAGAUCGACUUCUUCACCAUCUCGGUCCGAAGGCGCGCAUUUACCGAGGCGGUACCUCUAGUUGCAGAGUGAGUGCGCUCACGUUUUGGACGAAUUUCCCAAUGAAAUUUCAUAGCCUGAUGAGAAAUACGCCUCUUCUACUACAGAAACCCCGCCUAUCGCUCCGCUUUGAUCGAUCAUCUGAUGGCGCACUCGUUCCCGCACUACGAAUUUGGGUUGCAAUCCCUUGCUUCUCAAGCUCUCAAGGCGAUCGUCUCGAUCGACGCGAGGGAGUUGGCCCCUCCGCUCCUUACGGCACAAGUCGGUCUUCUUGAUGUAUCCGAUAGGUCACCGUACCUUUGGCGUUGCUGAAGGCUUAUCCGACGGACACGAACAGAUCGAAAAGCUAGGCAAGACCAAAGACCCAACCAAGUUGCAUGGCAUACUCAUGGGUCUGAAUGGACUCGCGUUGGCCGCAAGAGCCUCAAUCGAGGACCCUUUCGUUGAUGCCUUGGAUCAGGUUAGUACUCGAAGCACCGCCUUGAACAGGCUCUACCUUCUGAAACCCCUCGAUUCCGAACCCGACAGAUCUACGCCUCCCUCAUCUCCUUACCCCCGACCCUCCGAGCUUUCCGAACCCCCCAGGUCCUCAUAGCACUCUACAAAGCCCUUACCUCAUCCCUUAACCUACGAACCCAACCAAUCAGACCGCCUUCUUCAAAAGAAUGGCAAGAUCUCCUAGCCCUGGCGAGCGAUUCUCCAUCAGACGAAGUUCACCUCGCCUCCGCUCGGUUUUACACAGCUUUCACCCGAUCAUCAAACGGUGGAGAAGAGGAGGAUGCUCAUCUGGAGAAUAUUGUUAAAGCUCUGGGUGAUCGCAAGCAGACGAAACAAGUUUGGGCUGCAAAGGUCUUGGGGAGCUGGACUUUUGCCACAAAGGAGAGAUGCGAGAUUGCAAAUGGGGUCGCGAAGAGGCUGAUUGGGUUUGUCGGUUCGAAGGUGAGUACCCGUCCUCUGUUGAGAAAAGUAUGCCACUAUGUACGAUCGAUUGACGACACCGCUUCACGUCGACCGUAGGGUCAAUUGAAGGCGGGAAGCAUCGAGGCGAAACGCAAUGGGGUCGAAGCAUUAGCCAGGAUCGUAUGCUCGGACGUGUCCUUGGGUGAGUCGAACGCGUAGUCACUCUCACCAACGACAUGAAUGCGCGAGACUGAUCCAAACAACGAACUCGCUUCUCAGACUCCACCUUGGUCAGCGAAGCCUACACUUCCAUACUUGCUGCCUUCCAAGACUACACCGUCGAUCAUCGGGGCGACGUAGGCUCCUGGGUCCGUCUCAGUGCGAUCCAAGCGGCUUCAAUAUGCCUCAACACCGCCGCUACAAGAGACGGUUCUCCCACGAUGGAUCAACAGACCUUCGACCGGUUCGUGGCGAGUCUUUUGAAGCAGGCUGUGGAAAGGUUGGAUAAUGUUCGACUGGCCGCGGGUACGGUGUUGUUGAAGGUUGCUGAGGGCGUGAAUGGCGGGAGGUUAAAGGAGAAGGAGGUGUUCGAAGCCGUUGCGUGAGUCAUUCGACUGCCGGACAUUGCAAACCGCAUGUGUUUCAUGUUCAUAUGUAUGGUUCCGGCUCGUUUCCAGGUCGGAUCGACAAGAAUGGCGCGAUCUAGCUUGGUCGUCCGAAAAGCUUUUACCUCUUUUGAGCGUACCCGAGUAUCGAGCGCUGCUACUCGAAGGCAGCAUAAUGGCUUUCGUAAGUCUUACCCAGCUGAUCGUCGCAAUGACACGCACAUCAAUGACGAAGGACAUGCAUUAUUACAUCUCAUAGACUUGGCACUCCUCCAGUACCCCUCUUAUCGAUUUCGCCGCCACACUCCCUAGCCUCCGCGACGACCCCUCAACCCCCGAUUACACCUUCGAAGCUCUGAUCGAAGGUCUUGUCGAUUUAGGUCGUCAACACAUCACGAGUAAUCGACUCUUCGUCCCCGUUGUUGAUGCUUUGGCUUCGAUAGUGGAGACGGGGUUUGUCAAUGAAGAGAACGAGCCGGUUGCUUCGCUGUCAGUUUUCAGAGCUCGCUUUCGUUCAAGAGAGGAAGCUGACGGGGUUUCAAUUGAUAUCUCAGGCUAAAGUUUGCACUGGGCCUGGCGAGUCGGUCCCUACCCAAGAUCAAAACCGCCGCGAGAUUGACAGCGACGACCAAGUUGUUAGUACAAAGGUCGAUACGUGGAGAGAGAGAGCACUCGACUUGACCUCGUGUGACCAAAUCGCAGCGUUGUCGCCCUCCUAUCCUUUGAGACCGUCCGGGCUCAAGCAGUGGACCAGGUCGGCGUGUUGCUUAGCCAUCCCUCGGCGCCUUGGGUCAGUCGGUCCCCCUUUCUCUGGUUAGUGUAUAUAUAGGUAACAGAAGUAUGAACUCGUCCGAAAACGGAAAAUGUUUUCUUUCUCCCCCACAGGUGCGUCAAUUAGCCGCCGACGAAAUCCUCGACCAAAUGAGUUCGGGGACAUUGCUCUUACCAGUCGACGAGCACUCCGGCCUACUCCAAGAAGUCUUACUGCAGACAUUAUGGUGAGUGACGCGACUUCCUCAGAAGAAAGGGCUCUCGUGUCGGUCAGAACUGAGCGGUUUGCAUCGGGUCGCUCACAGGUCGCAAGGGGAGAUUAAGGGGGAACAAAUGGGAGUGGUGAUAAGGCUUUUGACAGGUGGGGGCGCCUGA